AUGGUAUGUAUUAAUUGUAUGAUUAAGGAUCUGGCGCUGAAGCUUUCAGGGAAGAAAAUCAAAGGUGGCACCUCCGAGAGCAUCAACGCAAGUUCAACCCCUGCUUUGGACUACACAAACCCCAAUCAAUCCCCAAUUGGUAACACCACCCCUGGAGGGCGUCAACCUCAACCACCAGCUGGUAGUGUAGCGUUGGUGGACAUGACUGGAUCCAACGAGUGGAUAGCACAGAUGGAGCCAGGUGUUCACAUCACCGUUGUGUCUCUUCCUACUGGGGGCAAUGAUCUCAAAAGGAUUCACUUCUGCCGAGACAUGUUUGAUAAGUCGCGAGCCCAGAGGUGGUGGGCUGAGAAUUGCGACAUGAUCAGGGAGCUUCUUAAUAUACAGACUUUAAAUCAACGUGUUUUCAUCACUCCUGCAAGGUCUGAUGAUAAUGAGAACUCGGGGGAAUCUGAACAAGAUAUCCCAAUGGCUUCAAUGCUGAACAUGGAUUCGACUCGGGGGAAUUUCCAUGCACCCGCUGGGAAUAUGGGGUAUUUCCAUGGUGGGAUAUCAAGGGCUAACAACCCUACUGACAAUGACAUGGAUGCUGAAUGGGUUGAGCAGGAUGAUCCUGGAGUGUCAAUCACUGUGAAGAGGUCAGCUAAUGGGACCAGGCAAAUUUGCCGUAUCAAAUUCAGCCGGGAAAUUUUUGAUGCAGAUGCAGCCAAGGAUUGGUGGCUGCGCAACAGGUUCGAGAUCAUGCUCAGUAUAUGUGAAGCCUUGUUGCUGUGA